UAACGCGCCCACUAGACGGACGGGUAGACAGAGAGCCACCUCCACACGGUUCAUCGGCAGAAAGCAACCAACGCCUCCCCCAAAUUCAGGAGCUGCAUCGAUCGACAGAGAGACUUAACACGCUUUCUUGGUUGGGGCCGGGUUCUUGCUUGAGAUCGUCGUCGGCCAUGGUGGUGUGGAGGGAGAGCUACCUGGACCUGAUCCUGAUCCCGCUGGGGCUGCUGCUGCCGGCGCUGUACCACGCGUGGCUGUGGCGGGCCGUGCGGCGCCGCCCGCUCUCCACGGCCUUCGGGGUCUACUCGGCGGCGCGCAGGCUGUGGGCGGCCGGCAUGAUGCGGGACAACGACGACAAGAAGGGGGUGCUGGUGGUGCAGUCGCUGCGGAACGUCAUCAUGGGGUCCACGCUCAUGGCCACCACCUCGGUGCUCUUCUGCACGGGCAUCGCCGCCGUGCUCAGCAGCACCUACUCCGUGAAGAAGCCGCUCAGCGACGCCGUGUUCGGCGCGCACGGGGAGUACAUGAUGGCGCUCAAGUACGUGGCGCUGCUGCUCGUCUUCCUCUUCGCCUUCCUCUGCCACACCCUCACCAUCUGCUUCCUCAACCAAGCCAGCUUCCUCAUCAACACCUCCUGCAUCCCCCGCGCCGCCGCCGACAAGGACGGCGACGGCGCACGCAUGGUCGGCCUCGGCCUGCAGCUGCCGGCCGGCGCCGUGGGCGACUACGUGGGCGAGAUCCUCGAGAGGGGAUUCACGCUCAACUUCGUCGGCAACAGGCUCUUCUACGCCGGGGUGCCCCUCCUACUCUGGAUCUUCGGCCCGCUGCUCGCCUUCCUCUCCGCCAUGGUCAUGAUCCCGAUACUCUACAACCUCGACAUGGUGAACGUCGCCAGCGCCGACAGAGGAGCCAAGGAGCACAGCAGCGGCUGCGUCAACGGCAAGGCGGCGAACGGGAACGGCUGCAUGCAGGUCUGAUCGAAGCAGGUGCAUUCCAGUUCCGCCAGAGGAAGACGAAGGCGUUUUCGAUCUCCUGUCCUGUCCCUUUUACAUGAUAUGAUGCUUAUCUUAAUGCAUGUGUAUGUAGUACUCCAUAUGCACCAUGAACUGAUGGUACAGUAGACUGCCAGCCACAUUGGUAGUGCAGUGCAGCACAACUUAGCUUUCUUUUCAUUCAGACGUAUCGUGAGGGGGUUUCUUGUCAGUUGCUGUGGUGCUUGUCGUGUGGAUCGAGUUAGUUGUACUACCGGCAGUUCGGAAUGACAUGGAACCCAUGCAUAGCA